AUGAAAUAGAUUCAGAUCUUUUCUCUAGUGACUCUUUUGAACCCAUGUCUCCAGAAUUCCAAGGGAAGGAAGCCAUCAGAUCUCAAAUUUGACAUAUAUGAAGGGCAAAUCACUGCAAUACUUGGCCAUAAUGGAGCCGGGAAAUCAACACUGCUGAACAUUCUUAGCGGGUUAUCUGUUCCCACCAAAGGUUCUGUCACCAUCUAUAAUAACAAGCUUUCUGGAGAGAAUGACCUAGAAGCUGUCAGAAUGCUCAUUGGUGUUUGUCCACAGUCCAAUGUGCAAUAUGACUUCCUCACAGUGAGGGAAAAUCUCAGACUGUUUGCAAAAAUCAAAGGAAUUCCAUCCCGAGAUGUAGAGCAAGAGAUACAACAAGUUUUGCUGGAAUUGGAAAUGAAAAACAUUCAGAACAUGCUUGUUCAAAAUUUAAGUGGUGGACAGAAAAGAAAACUAACCAUUGGAAUUUCCAUUUUAGGAGAUCCUCAGGUCUUUCUUCUGGAUGAACCAACUGCUGGGUUGGAUCCCUUUUCAAGGCAUCAAGUUUGGGACUUCUUAAAGGAGCGGAAAACAGACCAUGUGGUGGUCUUAAGUACCCAGUUUAUGGAUGAAGCUGAUAUCCUGGCAGACAGAAAAGUGUUUCUCUCUAAAGGAAAGCUCAAGUGUGCAGGCUCUUCUCUGUUUCUAAAGAAGAAAUGGGGCAUUGGAUAUCACUUAAGUUUGCAGCUGAGUGAAAUGUGUUCUCCAGCAAAAAUAACAUCACUUAUUAAACAACACAUUCCUGAUGCCAAACUAUCAUCAGAAAGGGAAGGAAAACUUGUCUAUACAUUGCCUUUAGAAAAAACAAAUAGAUUUCCAGAACUUUACGAGGAUCUUGAUAGAAGUCCUGACCUAGGAAUUGAGAACUAUGGUGUUUCCAUGACAACCUUGAAUGAGGUAUUCCUGAAAAUGGAAGGAAAAUCAGCUAUUGAAGAAUCAGAGAUGGCCGUUUUGGGAGAAGUCCAAUCAGAACAAGCUAUUGACACAGAAAGGCUUAUAGAAAUGGAACACGUUUUCUCUUCCCUGAAUGAUGUUCGACAGACAAAAAGUGGCAUGGCUCUCUGGCGGCAGCAAGUCUGUGCAAUUGCCAGGGUUCGCUUCCAAAAGUUAAAGCAUGAUAGUAAAGCCCUUGUGUCACUGCUGAUGAUUCUGGCAAUUGCCUUUUUCCCCCUUCUUUUGGAAUAUAUUCUGACGAAAAUUUAUCAAACGAGUUAUACUUGGGAACUUUCACCUCAUCUCUACUUCCUGGCACCUGGACAGAAACCACGUGAUCCUCUCACGCCAUUACUGAUCAUCAAUAAAACAGGGGCCAACAUUAAUGACUUUAUAUACUCCAUGGAGCCACAAAACAUAACAUUGGAUGUGGAUGCACUUGGAACACGAACUGGCCUAGAUGACGUAUCUUAUAAUGGAGCCAUCGUAGUAUCUGGUGAUAAAAAGAAUUACAGCUUCUCAUUAGUAUGCAAUGCCAAAAGAUUAAACUGCUUCCCAGUGCUUAUGGACAUUGUCAGUAAUGGACUACUUCAAAUGGCAAAUUCAUCAGGACAUAUCCAAACAGACAGAAGCACUUUUUAUUUGGCUGAUCAAGGUUCUAUGCUUCGAAUCCUGGGACAGACAUUGUUCUGGUUGCUUUUGGCAUCCAGCUGCGCUCCUUAUAUUGCCAUGAGUAGCAUUGACGAUUACAAGAACAAAAUUCAUUCCCAGUUAAGGAUCUCGGGGCUCUUUCCUUCUGCUUACUGGUUUGGGCAGGCACUGGUGGACAUUCCCAUAUAUUGCUCCAUGUUCCUUAUUAUGUUUGCAGUGGACCUCGCUUUAAACCAGCAAGACAACAUAUUUACAUAUGUCAAUCAUGUUAUACAAAUCCCAUGUGCCAUUGGCUACUCAGCAUCUAUGAUCUUCCUCACAUAUGGAAUUGCCUUUAUUUUUCGCAAGGGGAGGAAAAAUAAUGACCUUUGGUCAUUUUGUUUCUAUAUUAUCACCCUUCUCUCUGUGGCUGGAAUUCUGACAGAUCUCAGUGACCUUGCUAUAGGAUAUAGCUUCACAAUUUUAGUACCACUGGUCACCAUGAUUGGCUGUGUGUUCCUUUCCUAUUAUGGUUUCAUCUUCAAUAACAACAGUAUAGAGUCCUUCCUGGUAUUACUAAUUCCUCUCCUUCAUUAUGUCAUCUUUGUGUUUAUCCUUCGAUGUCUGGAAUGGAAAUGUGGAAAGAAACCAAUGAGAAAGGAUCCUCUCUUUAGAAUAUAUCCAGGACGUGGUGAUGGCUGUCAAAAUCCAGAUAAGCCAGAGAGAGAGGAUGAAGAUGUGCAGAUGGAAAGAGAGAGAACAGCAAAUGCCUUAAGUUCCACAGACUUUGAGGAGAAACCAGCCAUUAUUGCCAGUUGUCUACGAAAGGAAUAUGCCAAAAAGAAAAAGCUCUGUUGUUCCAAAAGCAAGAAAAAACUGGCCACAAGAAAUGUCUCCUUCUGUGUCCGAAAAGGGGAGGUUUUAGGAUUGUUAGGACACAAUGGAGCUGGUAAAAGUACAACCAUUAAGGUGAUAACUGGAGAUACCAAACCAACUGCUGGACAGGUGGUUUUGAAGGGGCGAAGAGGGGAGACCCCCCUAGAGUUCCUGGGGUACUGCCCUCAGGAGAACGUGCUAUGGCCCAAUCUGACAGUGAAGGAGCACCUGGAGGUGUUUGCUGCAGUGAAGGGGCUGAGCAAAGGGGAUGCAGCCAUCAUCAUCCCCCGAUUGGUGGAUGCACUCAAGUUGCAGCAGGAGCAUCUAAAGCUUCCUGUGAAGUCCCUGUCUGAGGGAAUCAAGAGAAAGCUGUGCUUCGCGCUGAGCAUCCUGGGAAACCCAUCCGUGGUGCUUCUGGAUGAACCAUCCACAGGCAUGGACCCUGAAGGGCAGCUGCAAAUAUGGGAGGCCAUCCGGGCCACCAUCAGAAAUACCAAGAGGGGCGCCCUCCUGACCACUCACUACAUGGCGGAAGCUGAGGCAGUGUGUGACCGCGUGGCCAUCAUGGUGUCAGGAAGGCUAAGAUGCAUCGGCUCCAUCCAGCAUCUGAAAAGCAAAUUUGGUAAGGAUUAUCUGCUGGAGAUGAAGGUGAGGACCCCUGAGCAAGGCAAGAGCCUCCAUCCAGAAAUUCUGAGACUUUUUCCCCAUGCUGCUCGGCAGGAAAGAUACUCAUCUCUGGUGGUCUACAAGUUGCCAGUGGAAGAUGUAAAGCCUUUGUCCCAAGCUUUCUUCAAAUUAGAAACAGUGAAGCAGAGCUUCAACGUGGAAGAGUACAGCCUUUCCCAGUCCACUCUGGAGCAGGUGUUUCUGGAGCUGUCUAAGGAGCAGGAGCUGGAUGAUUUUGAUGAGGAACAUCAACUCUCAGUGAGAUGGAAGCUGCUCCCAAAGGAAGAGCUUUGAACCUCUACGACCCUAUGUUCAUGGAAGCCUUUUUGUUAUUUUUUAAUAGUAUAUGUGGUGGAGAGGGGCUCAAGGGCAGGGCAAAAAUGGAGACUAGGUGCACAGAGGUGUUGGGAGGAGUUCACCACCCCUCAUGUCCUCCCUGAUUCCACGGGUCAUCCCUGAGUGCAUUUUCUCUGUAUGAAUGCAAACGAACACAUUACUUUUCUACAAGAGUUUAAGGUGCUGAGCGAGCUAAACAAAAACAAUUUUUAACUGAAACUACUUUUCCAACCUAGACCCCCAAAAUUCAUGUUUUACUUUUUUGUAAGUGCAUUAACUUUGCAAAGUUAACCACUUAUAUAUUUCAAUGUGUUGUAUACUUCCUUGCAGUAUUUGUAAUAUCUGACAGGACCAUAUCCACCAAUAACAUUAUCAUGAAUAUAGUCUUUAAAGUAAAAAUAUGCCAUAUUGAAUGUAUCCUCUUUUUUUAAUGUUUCAUAAACCAAGAGAAUCUCAUUUUUAUUGUAUUUUAUGGCUUUCAGAAUGCCUAUAUUGUAAUUGAAAAUUAAUGGAUAUAUGCCAUUUAAUCUCAGAAAGUUGACAAUUCUAUUAA